GGCAGAAGCAGAGCGUACCUUACACUACAUCAGACAAUCAUGGAAAUUCCGAGAACGGCGACCUUUGCCUGGUCUCCUGGCUCUCAAUUGCCUAUUAUCGCGACCGGUACAGUUGCUGGUGCCGUUGAUGCCGACUUUUCCUCGACCUCGACUCUCGAACUAUGGGACCUAAACAUCGUUGGCAAGCCAUCCAGCGGUCUGCAGCUGUCGAAGCCACUCGCAUCGGUCACCAGUGAUGUCAAAUUUCACGAUUUGGUCUGGGGAUCGGUCUCGGCCGCGCGUCCGAGGGGCAUCAUCGCUGCUGCUAUGGAGAACGGCGACUUGAAUCUGUGGGAGCCCGAUGCGUUGCUCAAAGGAUCUACGACUCCGUUGUUGAAUUCCAAGAAGCACUCGGGUGCCAUCAAGAGUCUCGACUUUAACCCUAGCCAGUCGAAUCUUUUGGCUUCUGCGGGCUCAAAAGGCGAGAUCUUCAUCUGGGAUUUAGAUAAGCAAGGUGCGCCGAUUACCCCCGGCAAAGCUUCUUCGCGCCUCGAUGAGAUCGAAUGUGUGUCCUGGAAUACCAGCGUCGCGCAUAUUUUGGCGACCGCCGGAAACACUGGUUUUACUUCCGUUUGGGAUUUGAAAAAUAGAAGAGAAGUCUUGCAUUUGUUCUACCCCGGCCCUGGUGGUGGUGGCCGACGAGGUGUUAGUAGUGUUGUUUGGCAUCCGGAGAACUCCACGAAACUCAUCACUGCCUGCGGCGAUGAUUCCUCACCUGUGAUUCUUCUGUGGGAUCUCAGAAAUGCUAAUGCUCCCGAGAAAGUACUCUCGGGUCACAACCAAGGUGUUUUGUCGUUGUCAUGGAGCAAGCGUGAUCCCGAUCUUUUGCUAUCUAGCGGAAAGGACAAUAGAACUCUGCUCUGGAAUCCUCAGUCUGGUGAAAUGCUGGGCGAGUUCCCGAUUGCGACGAAUUGGACGUUUGAAACUCGGUGGUACGAAAGAAAUCCGUCAGUUUUCGCAUCUGCCUCGUUCGAUGGAAAGAUUUCCGUCCAGUCACUUCAAAACACAAAGACUCCUGAUUCUCAGGACGCUGCUCCCAAGCCAGAGGGUAAUGAUUUCUGGAAUACGGCUUCCUAUGCUGACACUCCCAAGUCUACUUUCUCUUUGAAGCAGCCUCCUAAAUGGCUGAAGCGGCCUAUUAGUGCUACUUUUGGAUUCGGUGGCAAGCUCGUGACGCUUAAGCAAGAUGAGCAUAAGAAGUCAGUUCUCACUAUCAAGAAGGUUGUUAUUGAGCCUGGUAUGGCGUCUGAGACUGAGAAAUUCGAGGAGGCAAUUAAGAGCCAGAGCUUGAAGUCAAUCGCUGAAGCUCGCGCAGAGAAGGCUGUUGCCGAGCAGGACCAGCAUGACUGGAAGGUUCUCCUGAUGCUGUACGAGGAAAAUCCCAAGAAGAAGCUGAUAGAGCUUCUGGGUUAUACGCCGAGUGAUCUUGAGGAGCUGUUCAAGAAGUUCAGCGGCUUAUCUGUCAACGGUGAGAAAUCUGUCAAGGAGGACGAAGCGAAGCCCGAAGAGAAACAGGAAGAGGCAGCGGAUCAGAUUUUUGGAGCGUCGGCCGGCGAGUCCGAUUUUUUCAGCAACAUCGGAAAUGCUCCUGCGUCUGCUACAAACGGUGACAUUGCGGAAUACGUUCCUACUGGUGCGUUUUCGAUUUUCAACAGUGAAACUCCUGAGACGGAUAAGUUGAUUACUCAAGCUCUUGUUUUGGGUGAUUUCUCCUCCGCCAUUGACAUCUGCUUGAAGGAUGAUCGGAUGUCGGAUGCUUUCAUGCUGGCUUUGUUGGGCGAUGAUGCAUGCCGCGCCAAGGUGCAGAAGGCGUACUUCCAAAAGAGUGCUGAUGGUCCUUCGUACAUUCGCGUGAUGUCGUCGAUUUCGAGCAAAAACCUCCUGGAUCUGGUGGAUAACGCUGAUAUUGACAGCUGGAAGGAGAUUGUUGUUGCGCUGUGCACGUUUGCGCCCGAAGGAGACUUCAAUACUCUAGUUGGUAAGCUGGGAGAUCGUCUCGGCGAGGCCAGAAAGACAGCAGACGCUUCCCAGGCUCUUGAGCUCCGAAAGAGUGCUUCUAUCUGCUACUUCGUGGGAGCCGAUCUUCCCAAGCUUGUUGCCAUCUGGAUUGAGGAGCUGGCCGAUAUGGAGAAGGAGGCUUUGAAGAGCACUUCCGAGAGCGAGUCACCGUUUGCCGUUCACAUCAAGUCACUUCAAGACUUUAUUGAGAAGGUUACUGUUUUCAGAAAUGCUGUCAAAUACAACGAUGCUGGCGCGAAGCUCGAUUCCGACAAAUGGGCUCUAUCUGAGCUGUAUGAGGCUUACAGAGAGUAUGCGAAUGUUGUUGCAAGUCAGGGAUUUUUGGAACUGGCUCACAAGUACCUUGUGCUACUCCCGACACAGUACCCUCUGGCUGAUCUCGAGCAGGAGAGAGUUCUCAAAGCCUCUUCAAAGACUGCGAGUGCUGCUCCUGCUGCCACUGGCUAUCAGCCCUACGGCGCGAAACCUGCUACGUCUUCCUACACGCCAUAUGCUCCUACUGCAUCUGCUACCGCCCCUGGAGCUGUGCCGGCUCCGGCUGCGUCCACUUAUACGCCAGUAUCAGGAUACCAGCCUCUUACUAGCACAUAUCAGCCGCCGGCUCCCCCGGCUGUUUCGUCACAGCCACCUGCGCCCUCCUCUGGAUCCCAGUAUGGCCAUGCGUACCACCCCAGUGUCAAUAUUCCCGCUCCCCCUGCACCUGUGGUCUCGCCUCCUGAUCUUCAUCAUGAGCACGCUCCAAUUGCUCCCCCGCCGGUCACUUCAUAUCAGUCUAAUACGAAGGGCAUAAGUGGCUGGAACGAUGCUCUGCCGCUCAAGUCUUCAUCAACAUCAAGAAAGCAGACUCCCGCUCCGGCAGCGCCGAUCACUGCUCCCUUCCCGGGCAUGCAGGCUGAGCCGGCAUCGACUUUCUCUCCGCCGCCCCAGACUCCUGGUUCCGUGCCUUCUUACGGUCGACCGGCGAAUAUCGCACCCCCUCCGAUAAACGCGAAGCCGCCUCAGUCGCUGGUAACGUCGCCUGUCCAGUCCCCACCCCCUACCGCUCGGGCCGUGAAUCCUUACGCUCCGACUGUCGAGUUUGUGUCGGUGGGACAGACUGCCCCAUCUUUAGGCCCUCCUACGGCUCCUCCAGUUGGUGCUAGCGCACCGCUACCGCCGCCGCCGGUUAGCAAGUAUGCUGCACCGCCUACCAGCGUUCCGCAGCCUGGUCCCCCUCCAGCAGCGAGCCCUUACGCCCCACCGACUCAACCUAGUCAGCCGGCUAGCGCUCCUCCCCAACGAAACCCGUAUGCUCCUACAGCUCCGGCUCCCGCGACUGCCCCUCCAGCAGCUGCUCCGCCGGUGACGUCGGCUCCGCCACCGAUGAGUCACCCUCCGGUCAACUUUUCGCAGUACGAGCCGUCCCCUCUUCAGCAAGAUGGCUACGCCCAGUCCGUAGGUCGGUCUGCGAGUCCCGCUAUGUCGGUAGUAGCGGAGUCCAUGCACCCGCAUCACCACAGUGCGCCUCCUCAGAAAUACCCUGCCGGUGACCGCUCCCAUAUUCCUGCUGAAGCAAUGGUGAUUGUCGACGCGCUGAGUGCAGAGAUGGCUCGUGUCAAGCAACGCACUCCCCAGAGUGUCGCGCGACAAGUGCAGGACACCGAGAAGAGACUGAAUGUUCUUUUUGACCACCUAAACAAUGGUGAUCUUCUCAGCCCUGAGGCCGUGCGUGAGAUGAUCGUGCUGGCUAGUGCUCUUCAUGAGCACGAUUUCGAGACGGCUUACUCUGUGCAGAUUAACCUGUCUACGACUAGAAUGGAGGAGUGUGGACAGUGGAUGGUCGGUGUUCGCCGAUUGAUUGAUAUGUCGAAGAGGACUUGGGUGCCUUAGAUCUGCUCGAUCGUCGACAGCAGUUGAUCUGCCUCCCGAUUUUUUGUAUAUGGAGGAACGAUGACCUACGUUAUCUUCUCUCCAGACCAUGAGCUUUUUUACAUGAAUGCUUUGUCUGAUUUCAAUUUGUGUUUUUAUUAUUUUUGUUUUGUUUCAAGUCGUCAUAUAAGUGUUGUGGUAGUUCUGUGUGUUGAAAGUACUGUCUGUUGAAAGAAAUGUGCAUAGUUUGAUGCAUCGAAGAGUGCAAUAUUUUAAUGUGUUUCUGUUCUUGUUAUGCUCUAGACAAAGUAAACGGGCCGAAUUGUUCCAACAAAGCACGGCUGAAUAUACCACAGAGAAACGGACCCAUCUGAUCAUGGCCUUUUCUUUGUAUCGUUUAAUGAUUAUCCAAGACUGCAGAGAAUUAUUUACC